UCCGGUCGCCGCUCCGAAAGCAUCAGAAGCAUUGCGCGGAGUGCAAAUUCCGCUAGAACGAAUUGCGUGCGGCGAAACCGAUCCGCGGAAGUUGGGCCGCCACUUCCCGCGUUUGAUUGAGUCAAACGUCAAACGGUGCCGCCGCCGGAACUUGAUCUCCGCCCGCCUCCGACGAAAUAGCAAUAAAUCGAAAAUUCGAUCGCAAACACUGGUCGACACUUCAUCGGUGGAUUUCCAGUCACAGGCCCAGGAAAAGGACGACAAGGCAAGUGACGGAAGCGUAAAGACAAGUAAAACUAUCAACCCGUAGCAUUUCCGUGGCCGAUAUUAGUUUCAGCACCAGGUAAAAGUUGCAUAAGCAGUGCGAAGCGACCCCGGGAAAGCGCUCGAAGUGCUCGAAGCUGGAAAAGUAACGCAAAAUAGAUAAAGCAAAGAAAACGAAACAAACGAAGCGAAUGGUGGUAGAAGAAAAUUCCUUCACUAAAGCGUGCCUUGAGUGUUGAAAAGCAAGCAAGCAAAAAAGCGCCGGCUUCCGGUGAAGCCGCCGUCGCGAAGAAAAAGUAGAGAGAAAAGUGUCGUCAACCGGCAUCCGGGUCCGGGGAAAAUUAGAAAAGGAAGCAGAAGCGCAAAUCAAGGUGAAGAUAAAUUGAUUCCGUUCAGUGUGUGCGCCAUCUCUCUCCCUCGCAGCUUCGGUGUCGGUGGAUGUGCCCAGGGUGUCGUGUGUGCGGGUCUGGGAGGAGAUAAAACGCGAAAAAAGAGAAAGAGCGAGAGAGAGUGAGAAAGUAUAAAUUGGAAGAAGUGAUAGUGAGAAAAGGGUGUCCAAGGCCCCCAGAAAGUGAUUGUAAGAAGGGGCGCCCAAAGGGUUCUGCGGAAUCCGGAAGCAAGCAGGUCCCCGGAGUGAGCUGAGCUGAGCGUCCUUCCGGGCACUUUGUCUGCCACCUGCCCCAACCGUCUUCGACUUUCCGGUGCAAUGGCGUCCCGGAGUCGGAAAAUCUGGUGUCUGCCACUACUGCUGCUUCUCCAACACGCCGGCUGCACCGCAGCGGAGGACGUCGUAACAGAUCUGGACAGGUUGUGCGAGGCGGUGCAAUGUCCUUCCGAUUGCCCCGCGGACAGUUACAUGCCCUCGAAGGCGGAAUACUUUGCCGGCGAGGGCAACGGGCUGUACGCGCGGGGCGAUGAGGCAGCUACGGAGGCGCCGCCAACCGCCGAUCGUCGCGAGCGCCGCUCGAUCGCCAUGAACAACCAUCCGCACGAGUCGAUCAAGAUCAUCCCGAGUGCCCCGCACGUGUUCCUGCACCAGAACCAGCUGCAGGCCGCCCGGGCCCAGAGGCACCACCUGUGGAAGCGUGCGGUGCCGUACGCGACCGACGCCACCGACGAGCUGCUGGACGGUGGGGCCGCACCCGGAUCCGGCGUCGACUUGCACGAGCUCUGCUGCCCGAAGUGCGUGUGCCGGGUGUGCCGGGACGCGAGCUGUCCGCCCAACUACUUCCCCAAUGUCGACGGGGACGGCACGACGGGCCAGCCCGGUAGCUGCUGCCCGCACGUCCUCUGCCAGCAGAUGAAGGUCUGCCGCUCGGCAAACUUCCCGGACCGGGUGUUCGUCGACGGCGAGACCUGGAACGAGACCCCGUGCACGCCGUGCCGGUGCGUGAACGGUGAGCCACGCUGCGAGGUCUCGUCCUGCCGCCCGCUAAACUGCAAGCCCCAGCGCCACGUCCCCGGCAAGUGCUGCCCGGUGUGCGACGAAGAGCGCUCCAUGUUCUGCCCGGGCGACGUGAACUGCGGGCUGAACUGCCGCUUCGGCUACCAGCGCAAGGGUGCGUGCUAUGUGUGUGUGUGCACUCGCCAACCCACCACCAACACCACCACCACCAACGACACCACCACCACCAACGACACCACCAGCAGCAGCACGGAGCCGGCGGGCUCCACAGAACCGACGCACGUCCCCACAACCUCGGACGAGCCAGUGGUGGUCGAGCCGGAACUGGAGACUAGCAACCGCUACGCACCGGAACCGGAACCGACCCCGGUGGAAUCCGCGGCCCGGCCGCUCUCGUUUUACCUGACAACACUGUAUCUGUUCAUUAUUUCGCUGAUCGGCGGCCUAGCGUUCGCCGUGGGCAUCAUCUACCUGUUGAAGCUGGCCCAGAGCCGGCACCGCGGCAAGUACAGCACCGUGCCGGUGUCGUCAAGUACGGCACCGACGACUCCGAUACCGUCGGUGCUGCUGAUCGCCUCCACCCCCACGAUGACAGCCAACAGUUGCGCCUAGACUGGUCUGUGGUCCUGCGACGCUGCCCUUUUUCGCUUCACCGCUUCACCAUCCGCCGCCUAUCAUAUGGUCUCAUCAAUCUGCCACCAAUCUGCCGCCGAUGCCGAGGGCAGUCCUACCUGGCAGGCUGUCGGCUACGGCGACUACGCACGAUUGUCCUUCCCACACGCCCAACCAGCCGACGCAUCCCUUUGUUUUGUCGCUUUCAUUUGUCAUUCACCAUUUUCCACGCCGUAUAUAAAAUACAAAAAAAUUGUGAUAAAAAUGUUAAGAGAAGAGGCCCCGACAGAAUGAGAGGAAGAAGAAGGAGAAAUGGACAAUUAAAACACGAGAGAGAGAGCCAGAGGUCGGAGCCAAUAAAACGAGAGGGGGCAGGGCAUCGAUUGGCGGUGGCCCGUGUAAGGAAAAAACACAUAUUCCUAUAUAUUAAUUCGUGUUUUUUCGCUAUUAUAUUUAUUUACUUAUUGGUUUAAGGAUACGACGAUGGAUAGAGUGAGAGAGCAAGAGAGAGAGAGAGAAAGAGAGAGUGCGAUAGAGUGUGCGCCUUCGCAUAUGUUUGUUGAAUAAAAGAGGGAGAAUAAGAAAUAUUCAAUUUUACGUUCAAAACCCGAGCCCCAAUUCCGAAUUCGCGAACCGUGCGGAACCGAGCACUCAACAGAAACCGGUCAACUUGUGGUUGCGUUUACGUGCACGAUUUGGGUGUCGAGAAAAUUAACACUGUCAGUGAGGUGAGCCCCCCGGGGACAGACGGUCAAGCGCCAAGGCAGUAUUCGAAGCGUAAGUAAAAUCACCCUUCCGUUUAUUGUACCGUUGCACGUUUUACUCGCGUUUUCCUGUGCGCUUCGCUUUAUCUUUGGCCAAGUCACGUGGAGCGGCUAGAACACCACUUCCGAAACGCAGGCAAAACGGGUUUGUAAAUGAAAACAAAAUAAAAUACCAAAAGGCUUCCAUUCGGGCCCCGGGCAAAAAAACAAGAUGCAAACACACACACGGGGCAAACAAAGCAACGCAAAAGACGAAAACGGAAGUGAAACAGCUCACAAGCGCACGCAAGGGUUACAAUGAUAAAAGAAAGCUGCCCAAGGGCAAACAUUUAAAGGAAAACCGAAAACAUCCUUGCAUAACGGAGCCGGUCAUUGUAAAAACGCUGUUGCUAAACUAUUUAACCACCCCCCGGGGACACGGGGUCCUGAAACCUAUACCUCCUGCAUAUCGCUAUCGCAGGCUCACAGACUCACGGACCACUCAUGCGACGCAGACGUGAUAAACGAUCCUCCACCAAAUAUUGAACGCCCGGAACUGCGGAAAAUAGUUAAUCGAAACACCUUUUACUUCCUCGAUGUCUCGCUUCAGCUUCAGCCUCGGACGGUGGACGGACGCGCGUCCCUAUAAACGGUCUAAGCACCGCUAUUCUGUCACCUCAUCGCACACACACAUACGCUACUAGGUCACCGAUGAGCGUGACGGCAAACUCGAAACCAUGCAAUAUGUAAGAGGGACACGCCACAUGGCUCGCCCCCAAAAAGGGAACGCAAAACCUGUUGAAACUUGUAAACGCCACUGUAAAAAGCUAAAGCCCGAAGCUCGGCGAGGGGGCAAAAGCAGAACUGUAGCAAACCGGGGAGAUAGCCCCCGGAAAAACAGGCAACAUUUAAACGUAGCUAAACACGGAAUAAGAAGCUUCGCGAGUGGCCCCAGUAUAUGAGUUUACCCCCCUUUGGGUUUUCACACGAAGGAACCAUCCGCCUAGAGCUCCUCGGUCGGCCGAACGUAUCGUGCGUGUCAGGAUGGCGCGAAUUCGCGCAAAUUGAACCAACACCGACGUGUACAUUAAAGAAGCAAAUCUAGAUAUAAAUGCAUAUAAGUGUGUGCCGCGUCCGGGUGGCUCCAAAUGUUUGUCCCCGCCGGAAAUUGUGUCUGUGUGUACCUAUUUGUGUGAAUUGUUCGAUGUCGCCACCACAUGCCGGAGAGAAAGAGAGAGAGAGAGGAGAGAGAGAACGCACAACCGAACCGCGAAUGCUGCAUCCGAUCGUAAAAGGUUCAGGUUUAGGGCGCUAGAAUGUAGAACUCGAACGAAGACGAUAGAAGUGGACGGACACACACACAAUUAAAACAAAACCAAAACAAUGAAGGUGCAGAAAGGCAAACCCCUAAACAGCAAAACAAUAGCGAAAAGCAAAAGUUGGAAGCCUCCAGCAAUCGGCGGAGCGUAUUGAGCGAGAGUUGGUGGGGAGUUUACAUGUGAAUAGUUAUGCAUUGUACGAAAUCGAUCAUUUGUAUAAAGAAAUAAAAUAUA